CUUUCCAAAAGAUUCCCUAUGAAAAAAAGAGUAAAGAUGAAAUUAUUACUCACGUUAUAAAGGGCCGUAGAGAAACCCAAGAAAUUCCUGGAUUGGACUCUCUUGGCGUUCAAAGAAAAUAUUCAAGAAUCAUUACAGAAGGAUGGGAAAAUAAACCAGAAAAAAGGAUUAGAAUGGAAGAAAUUCUAUGGAGAUUUUCAGAUAUUGAAGAUGAACUUACUAAACUUAAAAAAAAUAAUUUGGGUUCUGUCCGUUCAUCUGUUCGUUUUUUAAAUCCAAAUGGACGCAAUACAAGGGCUGCUACAAGAGCUAUUUCAAAUCCGGACAGGCCUAAUUUCACGAUCAAUGCAGAGUUUAUGAAACAACGAAGACAAAGCGCUUUUGAACCAUCCAAAAAAAUGGAAAGUCAGUCGACACCAACGACACCAUCCACACCGGAAUUUUUAAUAACGUCAUCAGACGAUGAUACUUCGUAUUCAAUAAAAAGUGAUGAUGCGAUUGAAACACUAAAUGAGACUUCGAAUUCAAUAAAAAAUGAUGAUACGAUUGAAACACUAAUUGAAACUUCGGAUUUAACAAAAUUUGAUGAAGUGAUCAACAUCUUAGCCAUGCCCGAAGAAUUUAAAGAUAUAAUGUCUAAUCAAAAGGAUAAUGGAUCUUUUGAAGUCAGCGAGACGAUUUGUAAAGAAAUGAACGUUCCCAUUAUAGAAAUAAUACCUACAUUAAAGAAAUUCACACAAAAUAAGAAACUACAAUCUUCAGAAUCAGAUUCAUGGUGGAAAACAGCACUUACUCUUAGUUACUUUAAAGUCGUUGCACCGCAUCAUGAAAUACAAUGGAAAGAUAAUUGCAACAAAGCUCUCGAAUACCUUUCUAAACAAAUUGGAGAUGCUACUGUUGAAAAAGAAUUAUUAGAUUGCACUGAUAAAUAUGUUUCUGGUAGUCUUGCUUCUUCAGAGAAAUGUACAGAAAUUACAUCUAAACAGGAAGAGGAUGGCAGCAUUGAAUCAGACGUUCAUAAAGAAAAUAUUAUUAAUAAGAUUAAAAAGAACAUUACUAUCAAAAACCUUCAAUUACCUGAAUUUUUAUUAA